GUUGCACCACCACAAGAAAAGGGGACAGCGACGUAACUGGCCACGGUGACGUUGGAAGCGGCAACGACGUUGAUCCCACGUGCUCACCGUCAUUCAUGGUGCUGACGGUGGUGCGACGUUCACUGCGGAGCUCCGUUUCCAGCUGGGCUACCCCACGCCUCAACCAAUAUGCUGCGGGGAUGUUGGGAGUAUAAACACCCUGUAUUUACAUUAUAUAUACAAGUAGAUUCGAUGUGGUUAAGAUGGCUGAGCAGCAACAACACGCAGAAGCCAACGUCUCGCGAUCUUCUUGUUCCUUUCUGUUCUUUUAUCUUUCCGUAACAAUAUCAAGGUUUCUUUUUUUUUUUGAGAAUUGGCCAAAGCAAAAUAGCUGUGGCGAUUUUCACAGCUUUCGAUGUAAUUUGGCUGUUUGCUGUUGUGUCUGGAAGCUACGCUUCUAGUCCUUAGAUGUGCAGAAUUGUAACGAAGCGCUUCGUUUGCUUUUUUACUUGGCUUUGCUUAUAGGUAUUUCUAAAAGUCACUUUAAUCUACCCGCUGACAUUUAUGUGGUUGUGGGCGAGCGUCAACGAUCGCCGCUAGAGUUGUGUUCCAGCUGCGCUUUAGCUCUGCUUGAUCUUUUUUACGCGAAAUGCUUUCGUAUACUGGAACGAUAUCUUUCGAUGCUUAGCCAUGGACGUUUGUCUCAUGCAUGAAUUCAUGAAUUAAAUUUGCUUGGCAGUAUGGCUCCUUCUCGUGUCGCUAAGAAAACCAACACCUUCGCUCGGGAGUUUUUGGAAGGCCGUAUACGAUAACUUCUUGAGCACUGGUUGUGACAACUGGAGCCUGUGCUGAUUGCUCCCUACUUGCUCUAAAGUUAUUUGGGUGCAGCUGUCCUCAAGGCAAGUGUGCGGCGCAGCAACUAUCAAGACCAGCUGUCAUCGCAUCCGGAAGAGGGCGCCUGCCAGCCUGACGUCAUCAACGAGGAUUUAAAAGGACGCAACCCUGAGAACCACGUCAUUUUUGAGGCAGUGGUAGCGGUAACUGGAGCCUGCGCUGAUUGCUUCCUACUUGAUCUGCAGGCAGCCAUGGGUGUUAAGCAUUCUGCAUUUCUUUUGGUGCUGAUGGCCCUUUCUGUCAAACUAAAUGAAGGUAGUUACAUGUGUACACAAACGAGCUGUUUUGGUGGACAAAGGCCUAAUUGCCUCAUGGGGCCGAAUGGCAAGCUCUUCCAUCAGUGCACCCCGCUAGGAACUGCAUGUCCGACUGCGUGGAGGGUUUUUUGUCCUGGAGGGAAUCUUCUUAAUUGCCCCUAUCAAAAUACAACCUGUAUGUGCUUCUGUAACUCCACAAGCACGACGCCCGACGACACUCCACAAGCCCUUGUGCAGUCUUGAGAGCACUCACGAUUUCUACUGUGGCACCGUCAGUAAAAAGCAACGACUGAGCCAUGCCCAAAUAACAUCUUUGCUAACAGAAUUCAUAAUUCACCAGACUAUUUAACCAGAUGGUAUAUAUAAGAACAUACUGUUUCUAGAAUUUAACAAUAAAGGUGGCGGUUAUUAUAUUUGACACAUUCCUGCAAUGAAAUUGCGUGCCUAAAUGUGAAAACCUACUUCGGAAUUUUCAGCAAUCUAUCUCGCUAUGAAAUAAAGCUGUUCUUAUCCAA